AUGUCUGCGACUACAGUGAGUCAUUCAUUAGCAACGGGGCUGUCUGCUUACACCAUGAGCUGAUGUUUUCACCACAGCCUGAAUUCAACUCCUCGGAGCCAUGGGGCGGGAAUCCGCUCGAGGUGGAUGUGAACGCGCAGUUUGCGGGUUUUGAAUACCACUAUGUCUACCUGAUAGUCUGUGGUUUCCUCGUCUGGCUUAUUAUUCCUGGAAUUGGUCUGCUUUACGGCGGUUUGGCUCGUCGCAAGAGUAGUCUGUCUUUGCUAUUUCAGAGCUUGAUGGUGGUGGCGGUUACGACAUUUCAAUGGAUGUUCUGGGUAUGUGGGCCUCGACAGACAUGCAUGCUUUGUUGCUAAUAGCUGGAAGGGCUACUCACUUGCCUACUCGCGAACUGCGAACGCAUUCAUCGGUGACCUGGCAAAUUUUGGUCUUAAAGGAGUCCGCGCUGCACCAUCCCCUGGAUCCGCCGUUAUCCCUGAGAUUGUCUUCUGUCUGUACCAGCUGCUCUUCUGCGCGUGUACGGUCCAGAUUGUCAUCGGCGGCAGUUUUGAGCGCGGUAGGAUCCUACCUUCGCUGGUUUUCAGCUUCUUCUGGGCAACCAUCGUCUACUGCCCCAUCGCUUGCUGGACUUGGAACAGCAACGGAUGGCUCUACAAACUCCCUUCGCUCGACUUUGCAGGAGGCGGUCCAGUCCACAUCGCAUCUGGUUGGGCCGGUCUCGCAUAUGCGCUGAUUCUCGGAAAGAGAAAGCACGCGGGUGAGACGACGCACAAGAAAGCUCACAAUACUACUCUUGUCUUCUUGGGCACCAUUUUGAUCUGGUUUGGAUGGUUCGGCUUCAACGGCGGCUCGGCGCUUAAUGCAAGCAUUCGAGCAAUGUACGCCGCUUUCAACACCAAUGUUGCUGCGUCCACUGGCACCAUUGGCUGGGUCAUGGUCGACUACAUCAGGACAGGGGGCAAGUUCAGCGUGGUUGGUGCUUGCGAAGGCGCCAUUGCCGGACUUGUUGGUAUUACUCCAGCUGCAGGUUAUGUUAGCUACUGGCUGGCCGCUGUCAUCGGAUUCUUGACAGCGGCAGUAUGCGCCAGUCUGCAGAACCUCAAUGAGUGGCUUCGCAUCGACGAAGGUGAGUUGAAUGAUCCAGAUGCUCACACACGCCGCUCUUCCUGAAUAGUUUGCUGACAACUUCAGGUCUGGAGGUGUUCAAGUUGCACGGUAUUGGUGGUAUGGUAGGAUCCUUCCUCACGGGCAUCUUCGCCGACCACGCCAUCUCAAUGCUCGACGGGGCGACGGACGCGCCAGGUGGAAUCAACGGCAACGGCGUUCAAGUCGGCAAGCAGUUCGCUGAGAUCACCGCCAUCAGCUCAUACAGCUUUGUGGUAACCUGCAUCCUGCUCAUCAUCCUGAAGUACAUCCCGAAGAUGCACCUGCGGGUGAGCGAAGAGGCAGAGAUGAUGGGAUUGGACAUCGACCAAUUCUUCGACGAGCAGAUUGGCGAUUGGUCGUUUUUUGAAACAUAUGCGAACGUCACGCAUGGUGUUCCGCGCGAGUCGCCUGUCAGCAGCGCCGUGAGCACAGCAGAGCCAAACCAGCCAAAGGCGGAGAGACAGGACUAA